AUGGACUUGACAGUCGAGGAAUGCAAAAUUCUAGUCUUUAUAGCUGGCAUUCCAGAAAAGGCGCUGGAUGUAAGGCAGAUAAGUCUGAGAUUUGUAGAGAAGUACGCGAAGUCGGAAGUCUGCACGUUGAAGGCAUUGAUGGAGGAAGUUAGAGGUUAUUUAUCGAAUAAGUCAGAGGCUAAAAGGUUCGAAAGUCAGUCAAGGGUCAAGAGUGGACCUAAAGAGUAUGUUGAGAUAAAUAAUGUUAGUCGGAUCGAACAUAGUCAGAGCAGACAGUUGAAACGGACAAGAAUUAAGUCAAGGCAAAAAGAACGCCAAGUUGAAUCACGUCAGUGUUAUAAUUGUGGAAUAGUCGGACAUAUUAGUCGAGAUUGUAAGAAACCAAAGAAAAGGUUUAAGAGAGUCGAUAGUCCAGAAGUAAAUCAAGUAGAAGUUGAUUCUUCAGUCCCACAUAUUCUGACGAUAGAAGUCCCGAAGUUGAACGAGAAUAGUAGAAAGAUUAGUCGGGAAAAGAAUCGAAAGAGUAAAAAGUCGAAUAGGCCGAAGAGUAGUCGUGUUACUCAAGGCUCGACAAAGUCAGGAUUCUUAAAGAAGGAGAAGUCAUCGGGAAAUUCUAGUCGAUUCAAAGAAGACGACGAAGUCUUAGUCAUGAACAGGAGCAAAAAUGGCAAGAAAGUAUGGUUGCCUGGGACUAUUCUGAGUAAAUUCGUGGAUGGAUAUAAAGUCAAAGUCCCAAGGCUGAGAGCCAUAGUCAGUCGCGAAGAAUGGCAAAUUAGGCCAAAGUCAUUGAAGUCAGAUGAAAGCCGUAAUCAAGGUUCGACACAUGGUCAACCUCGCAGUCAAUUGGAGUCUAGUUCCAAUUUGAAGGAAGCACCAGCAACAACGGCAACACAGAACGCGACGAGGCCAAAAGAUGAGCCAACAAGGGAGCACUGUGACGAGCGACGAUAG